AUGAUCCUCCUCCGCUCGUCUCUGCGGAGGGUAGGGUCACCUGGCGAUCCCCCUCUUCUGUGCUCCCAAUGUCUCCGCCGCAAUCCUCCUUCCCCCGCCGGUACCAACAGGUUCCUCUCGACCACCGCGCGAUUACAGUCCGCAAUUGCAAACCGACCGUCGCCCUCAAAAGCUCUCAACAAGUCAUAUUUCUCCUCAAAUAAAAAACUAGGCUUCCAGAAUGGCCUGUUUACCUCAUUUUCCCCGGUCAAUGCCUCGCAUCAGCUGGACUCCAGCUCCCCGUCCCGAGCCCCCACAGAGACCGAUACGAGCUCAGCAAACGCCGCAGAAGCUACUUCAGAAUUGCCUCAUCGUCGACGGAAGCGUUUAAAGGAUGAAGCAGCUCAGAGUAAUGCGGCAGAACCAGUCAUUCCACCGGAUGCCUCGGCGCAGUUGUCUACCUUCUCAUCAACCCUUCCGAAGACCUCCAUCCGCCGCAAGUUGGCGGCCUUCCUCGCUCUCACCAAACCUCGUCUCUCGUUUCUCAUCCUGCUCACAACGACAUCCGCAUACGGCAUGUAUCCCAUUUCGUCUCUUCUGGCGCUCGAUCCUGCAAUGACCCCUCUUCCCACGCUCUCGACUUCCACUCUCACAUUCUUCUACCUAACAACGGGCACAUUCCUCUCCUGCUGCAGCGCGAAUACCUUGAACAUGUUCUUUGAGCCCAAGUACGAUGCUCUGAUGUCGCGAACCCGGAACAGGCCUUUAGUUCGGGGGCUCGUUUCUCCGCAUGGUGCCGUGAUCUUCGCCAUUAUCACGGCCGGCUUAGGUCUGGGACUGUUGUACUUCGGAACCAACCCCACCGUGGCCGGGCUGUCGGCAGCGAACAUUGCCCUCUAUGCGUUUGUUUAUACGCCCAUGAAGCGCAUACAUGUGGUUAACACCUGGGUCGGUGCUCUGGUGGGUGGUAUUCCUCCCCUAAUGGGCUGGGUUGCUGCUGCAGGACAAACGGCGACGACCGGGCACGACACAUGGCGGGAUAUGCUUUUGAGUGAGGAUAGCAUCGGCGGAUGGCUCCUGGCUGCAAUCCUAUUCGCUUGGCAGUUUCCUCACUUCAAUGCUUUGUCUCACACCAUCCGCGAGGAGUACAAGGCAGCCGGAUACAAGAUGAUGUGCUGGACCAACCCCGCUCGUAACGCACGCGUCGCUCUGCGCUACUCGGUGCUUAUGUUCCCAAUUUCUAUUGGCCUUUGGUGGGUUGGAGUCGUUGGCAAUGGUUUCCUCGUGGGCAGCACCUUCGCAAAUGGCUGGCUCGUCAAAGAGGCCUACCGAUUCUGGCAGCACCAAGGCGCCAAUGGAAGUGCCCGCGGCCUAUUCUGGGCCAGUAUUUGGCAACUGCCCAUCCUCCUAGUCGGCGGCCUGGUUACCAAGAAAGGCCUUUGGGAUGGCGUUUGGAGGAACGCUUUUGGUCAGCCGGAUGAGGACGAAGACGAGGAUUAUGUAUACUACGACGAUGAGGAGGCAACAGCUGGAGAGACCGUAAGCCAGAAUUCUACACCUCAAUCCAACCCUGUUCCGUCUUAG